AACACCACGUGAAUUCCGUGCAGGCAAGGUAUACAUGCUUACGGACACUUCUUCCCGUACAAUUGUAUAUUAGGUAUUUACAUAUUUGCGAAGCAAUGAUGUCAAGCACACGAGUACUUUUGCUACUGGCCGCUUCCUUUAUUUGCGCAUACAUUGUGCACGCUGACCAUUACACAUUACAGUUCGAUUGCCAGCCCAAUGGUGACAUUGUUAUUCAAAAUCCGGAUAUCAGCUAUAUGAGAUCGGCAACGGCAGGAACAAACACUACCAUCUGCAAUGUGACAAAGACGCCGGACAUAUCGUCCUUCACUGUAUCCGGUUGUGAAAAGGAUACGGAUAUACUUUUUACGCUGAGUACACGAGAGACUGAUGACGCUACUGGCGACCCAAUUAUUGGUGGGAAUUACUAUGAGGCCUACAUCAUUCACUGCACAGAAAUUAGUGACGAAGGCGUUAUCUUUAAUCAAACUUUUAUGUUUGAUAUUGAAGCAAACGCUACUGGUGAAGGUAACGAUAGUAUGACUAAUGGGACAACACAUGCAGCAGUAUACGACGAGGCUCCUGUGACCCCAAGUUUUACGAUUUCCUCAAGUAUAUGGAACAGUAAUAGAACACAAAAGGUCACAACUGCCAACGUAGGAGAUUUGUUAAAGUGGAAUGUUCACGGACCAUAUGAGUACGACCUGCUGCCUUACUGGUGUACGGUCAAUCCAGGAACUGCUGUUGGUAACCCACCAGCAGUUGGUGUCAUUGAGAACGGAUGCAGUGUACUUGAUAUGGUGACUAAUUUUGUGACUGCAAGUGGAAACGCUACCGAAAGAGGGAGCCUCGUCAGUGACCUGUAUGCCUUCAAGUUUACUAUGUCGAACGAGAUAACCAUUGCAUGCAGUGUCAAGAUAUGUACCAGAGGAGAUGCAGCAUGUACAGUGAGCUGUGGCGGUGGUGGCAGAAGACGUCGAGCACGAAACUACCGUGAAAAAGAUCUUGCUGGAACACAAGCUACUGUUGUCAGUCACUUAACAAUAGAGGAGUCUGGAGCCGUCACACUUGGAUUGUCACAUGUACUGAUGACCUUUGCAUGCAUCAUUGUGCUGUGUUAAAGCAAGCUUUAUCUACUGAUUUGAUCAAAGUUUCAAACGAACAAUGGACUCUGCGGUGUGUUUUGUUAACUUUAGACAAUUGUUAAAGAAAAACUUGAUACAUGAUUAAAAUAUAAAGAUAACAUUUGUUUCUAUUGUUUCGUGGCUUUUAUAUCGGCUGACAUAGUUUCAAGUGUUUUUUGCAAUGUCAUGUAUAUUAGAUAUUUAGAUAUCAUAGUCUUUGAAUAAAAACAAAUAUUUUGACUA